AUGCUCGAUCGAAUUUCCAGCGAGAUUCUUCUGCAAAUCAUACCUUUUCUUACCCCCUCUGACUAUAAUCGAUGCGUUCUUGUCUGCAAGGACUGGUACACCGUGUUCAUUCCAUAUCUAUAUCACCACGUCUCACUUCCGCUGAAUGAUUAUUGUCAUAUUUCCUAUCCUAGGGUUCCCAAUUCCCUUGUUCCGGUGCGUCGCUUCGCCCAGGUGAUAAUCCAGAAUCCCUCCCUUGCUCCCUUGGUUCGAUCUUUAGAGCUCUAUCCCAGCGACUGUCGGGGGAAAUGGCUGCAAUUACCCCCGUUGGCACCUGUGGCUGAAGAACAGUAUCGACAUUUCAUGUUACCUCAUGGGGAGACCAGGCUCAGACACCGCCGCAAAUUCCAUGCUUGGCGCAGAGACCUCAAGGAGGCAUCGGAAAGACGGGAGGAUCAGCGGGUGCUGUUCCAUUAUGAAGAUGCCUGGCUAGCUUUGCUGCUCGUUCAGGUCCGGAACCUUGAGAAGCUCGGAAUAGCCCUCCCGGAAGAGAGAUGGAUCCUAGGAUUUUAUGACGGACCAACCCCCCCAAAGAAUUCACCGCACCUGGAGCAAGUGAUUGAAUGGGCGCGUCAUCCCAAGUUGGGAGUCCUAACCCAACUCAAGCAUAUCUCCCUCAAGAACGGGCCUUGCCUCUGGGAGUGCGAGCACGCAGUGAACGCCGUCCCCCUGACCCGGCUGUUGCCCUUUCUUCGAAUUCCUUCCUUGCGAAAGCUAUACGUCAAGAACCCUUGUGAUCGAUCUCCACCUAGUGUAUCCCAGGAUCUCUCUACCAUUCCACUGACUCACCUGGAUUUUGAAGCUCCCGAAGAAGGAUUGCCGAACCUCCCUCGUCUCCUCGAAAGGUGUACCGACCUACAGUCAUUUACACUACAGCAGAAUGGCUGGAGCGACAAAUAUAGUCAUUGCUGGCAAGACCUACCUCGAGUGUAUCGGUCUUUGCAAAGGUCGCGUUUCUCGAUCCGCCAUCUGAAUGUGACCUUUCGUGAUUGUUGCCUCUGGCAAGAUCCGAAGACCCCCACGCCGGUCUUUUUCGGACCGCUUUCCGACUUCCCUCGCUUAGAAUCCGUACAUAUCCGGUGGGGUAACUUAUUGCCAUUCCUUGAAAAUAGGGCCCAUACCCCUGUAACGCCUUUGUGGGAACUUCUCCCUUCCUCGCUCAGACACUUGUUCAUCGAUCAUUGCCUGCUCGCUUGCUCGUCGGCACUGUACACCGAACUGAAAACCCUGCUAAUACACUACCCCACUCACGUGCCCUUUUUACGGACGCUGUAUCUACGAUUAGCCAAGGAGCGAGAGGAGGCUGGAUCUACCCCCAAUGAUCCAUCCACUUGGAGACCAAUAUCACCCGACCCUACCACUCACGACCGACUGCAUGCGUUACGGGAGGACUUUCGUGCAUUGAGUAUAGAUUUCCGGAUCUUCCAAUCUGAUGAGGAUGUGAAUUUCGGCCAAGAGUACUACAUACGAAAGAAGUGGCCGUGGGGACAACAUGGAAAGAUUAUGACUCUGUAA